ACCCACAAAACGAAAACAGAGAAAGAUUAGGGGACUGCCAAAUUUAGAAGAGAUUUGAACUGGAUAUUGAUUUUGGAUUGAUAUAACCCGCAAGAAGUGAUAAUUAUAUCACUCCCUGAUUCCCACCAGUGAAGAUUUCAAAUCGUUUUUGAGAUCAGAUUGGACUUUCCAUUUGAAAUAUUUCGAAAAUAUACGCAACUGUUGCUCUCAAUAAAUACCCCUAAAAACAAUUACUUUUCCUUCUGAGAAAUACUCAGUGGGCAGUCUGAAAGGGGGACGUCUUUUCUGGGUUCCUCUGUGUUUCGGCUUUGCAUUUUCCCUGCAAAUUUUCUCGAGAAAAAAGAAAGGAAAUUUUCCAGGGAGAGGGAAUGGAGGAAGAAGAGGCCUUGCCGGACCAUCUCCGGUGCGCUAGAACCGACGGCCGUCAAUGGCGGUGCACUAGGCGAGUCAUGGACAACAAGAAGCUCUGCGAAAUUCACCAUCUGCAAGGCCUUCACCGCCAGCACAGACAGAAGGUGCCGGACUCGCUCAAGCUUCAAAGGAAGCGAAGAAGAAAGGUGAAUCGCGAUGCAGCGUUUCAGAAUCGCGCGAUUAGGGCAAAUGGAGUGGAGAAAUUGGCGAAGCGGAAGAAACGGAAGCGGCCGGUCGGAGCGUCGGAGGCUUUGGACGGAGCCUUGAAGAAGAUGAAGUUGAGGAAAGGUGAUUUGCAGCUGGAUUUGAUAAGGACGUGCUUGCAGAGGCAGGUGGAGAGGCGAAGAGGGCGCGAGUUGCAGGAGAAUAGCGAGGGAGAGUUGGUGAGAGACUUGCCGAAUGGACUAAUGGCGAUUUCUUCAACUCCAUUGCCGCGGCACAUCGGCAAUGCCAGUUCUUCUGAGAUCAAAGUCGGAAUCGAUUCUAGUCCUUUCACAAGAAGGCGCUUUCGAUCAAAAAACAUAGCACCAAUGCCCAUUGGUUCAAUGCAGAUUGUACCUUACAAGCAAAAUGUGGAAAAUUUGAGGAAAGGUAAGAGGAAGAAUUGCCAUUGGUGCCGGAAGAGUUUUCGUCGGACUCUAAUUAAGUGCUCCUGUUGCCAGAAAGAACUCUUUUGCACCGACUGCAUCAAAGAACGGUAUUUUGAUACACAAGAAGAGGUUAGGAUAGCAUGUCCAGUUUGUCUACGAACUUGCAGCUGUAAGACCUGCCUGUUGGAUCAAUCUAAAGAUGUUGAAUGUAAGGAGUUUUUAAGCAACAAAAAUAAGGUUGACAGAAUUCUACAUUUUCAUUAUUUGAUAUGCAUGCUUCUUCCUGCAUUGGAGCAAAUCAAUCAAGACCAGAGCAUAGAACUUGAAAUAGAGGCGAAAAUAAGAGAUAAAACUGCUUCUGAAGUUCAGAUUCGACAGGUUGAAUUCAGCUGCAAUAAGAUAUGCUGCUGCAAUAACUGCAAGAAUUCAAUUGUGAAUUUCCACAGAAGCUGCCCAAAUUGUUCCUAUAAUCUUUGCCUUGGUUGUUGCUGGGAAUUUUGUCAAGGAAGCAUACCUGGAGGAAGUAAAGAACAUGUCUUCAAAUGUCCUACUCAAAGGAAAUCUUCUAUAUGUGGUGACAAGAAACUUUCAGAGAUGAGGCAGAUAAACGAAACUGAGACAGGGUUUGACGGAAAACAACAUGCAUCUUCAGGAACAUUUCCUAGCUGGAAAGCCCGUAAUCAUGAUGGCAGUAUAUCUUGCCCACCCACAGAGUCUGGUGGUUGUGGUGGUGGCCUCCUUGAUUUGAGAUGCGUUUUUCCCUUAAGUUGGACCAAAGAAUUGGAAACAAGCGCAGAAGAAAUAAUUUGCAGCUAUGAUUUUCCAGAAACUUCAGAUGUUUCUUCAUGCUGCGCACUCUGCAUUGACCCAGAUCACAAAGCUAGUGGGAAAAAGCAGUUGCGAGAAGCAGCUGGUAGAGAAGAUUCCAAUGAUAACUUUCUAUACUGCCCAACCAUUCAGGACAUCCACUGUGAGAGUCUUGAACACUUUCAGACGCAUUGGGCUAAGGGCCAUCCCGUAAUCAUUCGUAAGGUGAUUCUGAGUACAUCAGCUUUAAGUUGGGACCCAGUAGUCAUGUUCUGUACUUAUCUUGAAAGGAGCAUUGCCAAAUAUGCGACUUGUAAGGAAGCAGUUCAGGCUAAUUACUUGGAUUGGUGUGAGGUAGAAAUUGGUGUUCAGCAGUUAUUUAUGGGGUCUCUAGCAGGGGGAACACGUGCAAAUAUGUGGCAUGAAAUGUUGAAACUGAAGGGUUGGCUUUCUUCCCAUUUGUUUCGUGAACAUUUUCCAGACCAUUAUGCUGAAACCAUCCAUGGAUUACCGCUUCAAGAGUACCUGAAUCCCAAAUCUGGCCUACUAAACCUUGCAGUGAACUUGCCACGAGGAAUUCCUGAAGCUGACCUUGGACCAUGUAUCUAUAUUUCAUAUGGCAGUUCUCAGGAGCUUGUACAUGCUGAUUCUGUGACGAAACUUUGUUAUGACUCACAUGAUCUGGUCAAUAUUUUGGCACAUACUACGGACGUUCCAAUUUCAAAAGAACAAAUUUCUAAAAUAAAAUUGUUAUUGAAGAAAUACAGGACUCAAGAUCAGAGGGAGUCUAUGGAUCAGAAAACAGCCAAUAAAAUGAAACAAAAAUCAUCAUUGCCUGGUGAAAGCAUGAAAGAUGCUGAGCUGCAAGAUACUAUCCGAGAGACAAACUUACACCAGGGGGUUGAUAGAGUACCUUCGUCUUCCUGUGCUACGCAUGAAGUAAAUGAUAUGAGUAUCGAAAAUGGAAUUUUUUCCCAUGCUGAGAAAUAUGAUUCUGAUUCUGAAGCCUCAAUACUUUCUGGUAAAAUUUCUCAAAGCUCCUCAGAAUAUGAGGAGUCAUGUCAGGAGCAUAUAAGAAACUCUAAUUUUUUUGGCAAGAAAUUUGUGGCAGAUGCUUGCGGUGCCCAAUGGGAUGUCUUUCGCAGACAAGAUGUUCCAAAACUUCUAGAAUACCUCAGAAGACACUCUAAUGAGUUUAGGGAAACAUAUGGCUUUCCAAAGCAAGUUAUCCAUCCCAUACUUGAUCAGAUUUUCUUUCUUGAUACAACUCACAAACUAAGGCUUAAAGAGGAGUUUAAAAUUGAACCUUGGACUUUCAAGCAACGAGUUGGAGAGGCUGUCAUCAUACCUGCUGGAUGUCCAUAUCAGAUUAAGAAUCUGAAGUCAUGUGUUAAUGUGGUUAUGGGUUUCGUCUCACCUGAAAAUGUUGCCAAAAGCAUCCAGUUGAUUGAUGAGCUCCGUUUGCUUCCUGAUCAUCAUAAAGCCAAAAAAGACAAUCUUGAAGUGAAGAAAAUGUCACUGUAUAGUAUGAGUGCGGCAAUCAAAGAAAUCCGAAAGCUUACAUGUGCAGACGGACUUGCAGAAUCUUUGAUACAAACAACUGGGUUGAUAUAGCAUGAAGCGACUGUCUUGGAAUCCUACCAUUUUUACAGUCCAAGGCCAGUUUUGGGCUCAGAGGAAAAGUCACGAAGACAAAAAUUCAUAAAGAAGCAAGUUACCAAACUUCUGUUGCCACUGUUUGAUCAGUUUCUCAUCUUUGGCUGGCACAUUGGUCUUUGUUCUAAAAGAAGCAUGCAUUCCAUGCAGAAGUUUUGACUUGGCUGUGCAUUCUCUCUCUCUCUCUCUCUCUCUCUCUCUCUCACAUUUGUCAGUACAGUGAUGAAGGAAUCCAAUCCCUGCACUUUUAGUGGGGGUUCAUUCUUGUAAUCAUCAAUCUGUGGUUUUGUUGACAUAUUGAGCCGUAGCAAAUCUUUAUUUUGAUACCGCUAGAUUC